AUGGCUCCGAGGGUGUGGUUUAUCACGGGUUGCUCCUCCGGCUUUGGAUGGGAGAUGACACUCGAAGCUCUAAGACGGGGUGAUAAAGUGAUUGCGACGGCCCGGAAGCUCGAGAGGAUUGGCAAGUUGAAGGAAGCCGGUGCUGAUGUCUUCGGGCUCGACGUCACAAGUAGCCUUGAUGACAUCAGACGUCUCGUCUGGGAGGCCUACAACAUUCACGGACGCAUUGAUAUUCUUGUCAACAAUGCUGGGUACAUCCAGCAAGGUGCUUUGGAGGAAGUAAGUCCGGAGGAGACUUAUGCCCUUUUCAAUACAAACGUGUUUGGGCCAUUGAACGUGAUCCGUGCGAUCCUACCUUAUAUGCGGUCGCAACACUCCGGCGUCAUCGCCAAUACAUCCAGUGCUGGUUCUUGGACGAACACGGCCGGGGGAGGGCUAUAUUCCGCGACAAAGAAAGCUCUCUCAGGAGCCACAGAGACUCUCCGCGUAGAAUUAGAACCAUUCGGAAUCUCCGUCACCUCUCUUGAGCCUGGUGACUUCCGGUCGAAUCUACUGGCUGCUGGCCAUCGAUUUGCUGCACUAUAUCCCAUUCCGGAUUACGACAACACCCCUACCAGGGCAGCUAUCGAAGAAAGCAAUAGCCAAGACCAUAAACAGCCCGGCGAUUUGGUAAAGGGUAGUAAGAUCAUUGUGGAUAUUCUCACACAAACUGGUUGUGCUGCUGGCCGGAAGAUUCCAGUCCGAGUUGCCCUGGGUGCAGAAGCCUGUGAGCUGAUGCGGGCUAAAUGCAAGGACACCCUUGACCUAUUGGAGGAGUGGAAAGACGUUGUUAGCGAUACCAACCAUGACGAUGUCACACCCCCUCCAUGA